AUGGCACCUCACGGGAAUAACCUCUCCAAGGAUGAGAUUGCUCAGUUCAAGGAGGUGUUUGAGAUUUUUGACAAAGACGGCACAGGCGACAUUACCGCUGCCGAGCUGGGCGCCGUCAUGCGUGAACUCGGCCUCAACCCCUCCCCGGAGGAGCUCCAAGACAUUGUCAACGAGGCGGACCUCAACAAGGACGGCGUGAUCUCGUUUGAGGAGUUCCUGUCACUCAUGUCGAUGGGCGUCAAGGAGACGGACACGGAGCAGGAGCUGGUCAACGCCUUCAAGGUGUUUGACAAGGACGGGAGCGGGACCAUCAGCAGCGACGAGCUGAGGAAUGUGCUCAAGUCCCUGGGCGAGAACCUCACGGACGCGGAGCUGGACGAGAUGAUCAAGCUGGCGGAUAAGGAUGGGGAUGGGCAUAUCGAUUAUCAGGAGUUUGCGCAUAUUAUGAAAUAG